AAGUCCAAUUAAAUCGAACAUUCUAUGUAUUGGAGUUCUCCUGGCACUCUGCAUGGUAGCACAAGUCCGGUUAGUGGGUGGCCUGGGAGUAUCUUUGUAACUGAUCCUGAACUCUCCACAGGCGAGAAAGGACGUGCAGUGCAGAAAAGAGCUUGUCGAAGUGAUGUCGGUGUGGUUGAUCGGACCGCCCAGGAUGAAAUGGUUGAUCCUUCAAGAUUCAAGAGCACACCUUGAUCCUACGCACUGCAAACAGCUUUGGCGAUCUCAAGUAAAAGGACCCUACAUCGAAGAUCGUAGCAAAUGUCUCAAAAAUGGGUUAUGCUGUACGUUGCAGUGUGACUUGCCCAUCGCGGAAUCAAGAAGCGAAAAAGGUCAAUACCAGAAUAUGUUAGAUUGUGAUUGGUUGGAGGUGGGUACCUCAACAUGGAUAAUGUCCAUAUGUGGACCCGGCUGUCGCCCGAUCUGAUAUGAAAGAGAAGAAAAUAAGGCCGAGGUAUCCUUCGCAGUGUAAAGGGUAUGCCACUUAUGUUCAAUAACAGUAGAAGCCAGGCGGCUGGUGGCGAGAGGGAGGCAACAGCGAGACGAGAUAUUCCUCUUCAUAGCUUCAACUUGACGAGAUCUGCCGAAACCGUCGGUGAUAUUCCGGUAUCAAGUCCUGGCACAUUUCCAUCAUGGUGAUGAAAAAUCGGAAGGCGAAUUGCAGCACUGCAGCACCCAAAUCUCAGGAUCAGAUGAGCACAGCCGAAUGCGUGGACAAGCUGUCCAGUGGCAGUGUGUUGCUAUCAAAAGCUUGACAUCCGACGGCUAAGCGCCUCUCAUUCUCGUGGCGUCGGUGUCAAGGUUCUUUCUCUUCUCUCUUUGAAAACAGAAUUGCAUCGGAACAUCUUUUGUCCUUCAAGCGUUCUCUUGGAAUGAAUUGCAUACAGUACCAUCCUGGCACGGGUCGGAGCGAUUCUAAAAUGGUUGUGAUGUUUUUUCAACACUUGUUCGGCGGUUGACCUUUCUUGUUCCUUUACUUUUGCUUAGAAGAGACUCUUCGUUCAAACAGAACUCAAUUGGCUUUUCGAAAUCCUGCAUUGUUGGUUCGUUGGUUCGGAAUGGGUGUCAAGUACCGCCAAGCCACUCACUCGCUUGUCCCCGCACAAGAAACUCCAUGGGCAUGUGGACCUCGGUCUCCACUGUUCAACGUCGUCAAAGAAGAAAUCAUAGGGGGUCGAGUUGCUUCAUGUCUUGAUGGGUCAGAACACAUUUAUGCCGGGUAUUCCGCGUCAAAAAUCAAAAAUCUGAAGAAUACUGGAUGUAGACAUCCUUCCUUUAUAAAGUCUUAUUACCCCGAGAUCUCGCAAGGAGCUUUAAAGCUUGGAAGAGCUGUGCGUCAGCUGUUGUGACGAAGGAACAACAUCAUGACGUCCAAGGUUAUUGAGGUUGUGGGCCAUCUCCCAACACUCCUUCCAGAUGGACCAGAAGAAAGCCCUUUUACUGAUGCGAAUUGGACUACACUGCUAGCUAUAAUGGACACGGUCAUCCCCACAAUCAGCAGAGAGGAAUCUACUAGCAAACCUGACCAAAGAGUGAUUUCAAAGGAGGAUUACCAAGCGACUGUUGAUCAAAUUGUUGUUGACCUGCCAAAUGAGAAAGAUCUGGAUGCCUUCUUCAAAGAGCGAGCCUCAGACAUUCCGGAAUUUCACGAGCUCCUCAAACGAACACUAGUCCAUUACACGCCCGAAGAUGCCAGGGAAGGACUGGGGUUCAUCCUCGCUUCUCUCAACACUCUCAUCGGCUCACGGAUUCUCACUGGCUAUACAACUCCCUUCCACGAGCAGCCCAUCCUUAUCCGAGAAGAAAUUCUUGAGCGAUGGCGCCUCUCCUAUCUCCGACCACUAAAUCUCGUCUACAAGCAAAUGACAGCAAUUGCCAAACACGUCUGGCUUAAAACUAGUCCGACAUUCCCCAAAGUCACAGGAUACACCCCUCUUCCGCACCACGCCAAGCCGAAGUCAAGUCACGAGUACGACUUUCUACAGUUUUCUUCCGGUGAGCAACCAGAGACUAUCGAGACAGAUGUUGUGAUCGUUGGUUCAGGCUGUGGCGGAGCUGUCUGUGCUAAGAACCUUGCGGAGGCUGGUCAUCGCGUAUUGGUCGUCGAUAAAGGGUAUCACUUCCCCGCAUCACAGCUACCCAUGACCGAAGAGGCAGCAGGAAUCCAUCUCUACGAGAACGGAGGUGCCGUUCAGAGUGAUGAUGGAUCCACGGUCGUCGUAGCUGGUAGCAGUUGGGGAGGUGGCGGGACCGUCAAUUGGUCAGCCAGCCUUCAGACGCAGAAUUUUGUCCGGAAGGAGUGGGCUCAAGAUAGAGGUCUCACGUUCUUUGAGACUGCAGAAUUCCAGGAGUGUCUUGAUAGAGUUUGCAAUCGUAUGGGUGCUUCCACGGAGCACAUUCGUCAUAAUCACGGAAAUCGCGUCCUUUUGGAAGGGUCCAGGAAGCUGGGAUAUCAUGCCAAACCAGUACCACAGAAUACCGGUGGUUCAGAGCACUAUUGUGGACAUUGUACAUUAGGAUGUGGCAUGGGGCAAAAGCAGGGUCCAGUUGUGUCUUGGUUACCAGACGCCGCCAAAGCAGGAGCCAAAUUCAUGGAGGGUUACACGGUCGAUCAUGUCAUAUUUGACGAGUCUUCAGGCGUUAAAAAAGCGGUGGGAGUGACAGGGAAAUGGGUUUCGAGAAACUCUAAGGGGGGAGUUGAUGGGCCAUUAUCCGAACGGACUGAACGAGAAGUUAUCAUUCGAGCGAAGAAGAUUAUCGUGUCAUGCGGAAGUCUAUGGAGUCCCAUCAUUCUACUCAACAGUGGAUUAAAGAAUCCUCACAUCGGACAAAACCUCUACCUCCAUCCAGUCAACACCGUUAACAUGGUUUUCAAAGAAGACGUCCGGCCAUGGGAAGGUGGUAUUCUAACCAGCGUGUGCACGACCUUCGAAAACCUCGACGGCCUCGGCCACGGCUCCAAACUCGAAGCCACAAUCAUGAUUCCCUCCCUCUCCCUCGUCCUCCACAACUGGACCAACGGCCCUCAAUACAAAGCCGCAGCCCUCAAAUUCCGCCACACAAACGGCUUUAUCUCCAUCGCCCGCGACCGCGAUCCAGGACGCGUGUAUAAAGACCCCGUCAGUGGCAAGCCGCGCAUCCAAUACACACCCAGUGCGUUCGAUCGCGCGAAUAUCAUGGAGGGUGUGAUUGCGCUGGUGAAAAUCGCCUAUGUGGAAGGCGCGACGGAGAUUCAUCUUGUGAAUUCGGGGGUAAAGCCUUUCAUUAGAUCAACAACUCCAUCAACGUCAGAGGACAACAAUACCUCCCCCAACCCAGGCAUAACCGACCCUGACUUCACCGCCUGGGUCUCCGAGCUGCAACGUAUUGGCAACAAGCCACCCAUGGCAGGUUUCGCGUCGGCUCACCAGAUGGGUACGAAUCGUAUGAGUGUCCGCGCUCAAGACGGCGUUGUUGAUCCUGAAGGUAGAGUCUGGGGAACGGAGGGGCUGUAUGUGGCGGAUGCGAGCGUGUUCCCGAGUGCGAGUGGAGUUAAUCCGAUGAUUACGAAUAUGGCGAUUGCUGAUAUGAUAUCGAGGGGCUUAGGGAGGGAGUUGAGUGCCGAGAAGGAGGAAUGAGGAGAUAAGUGGCUGUAUGAUAAAAUUUGUUUUGUUUGUUUUGGGGAUUACAAUCGUAUUGUUCAUUUCAGUCGCUUAGCGGAUUGUUUGUUUCUUAACCCGACGUGGUGCUGGCUCGCGGAUCUUGUCCUUCGCACCAUUCCCAGCUUAGAUUCUACGGAGCAAAACUUCUCACCAUUUAUUACAACUUCAAAGUCGAAGUUCAAAGCUCCACCCAUGAGGACAAAACUGAUUAAAAACGCAAAAAUAUACUCGAGAGUUCCCAACCCCG